GCACCUCUCUCGACUGAUAACGAGCCUUCUGACCGAGCGCUUAGCGAUGGUAAUAUGGAAUCGCUCUCUUUAACAGGCAAAUAAAGUUCUGAUCUGACAUCAUCAGCUUCCCAAUCAAAAAGCAAACCAAAAAACAAGCCCUUCAGAAAAUAAGCGUUAAUAUUCAUUUUUCUUUUAUGAAAAUAGUUGAGCAAACACCCAAUCUUUUAUCUAUAGUUGGCUUACAACAGAAAAAAAUAAAAUAAAAAUAAAAAACCUCACUUUGGGAUCUUCUUCUCAUUCCCUUCCACAUAAUAGCCAGAAGCCUAAAGUUGGACCUCUUCAAUUCAGUGUUUCGUCCACGUCUGACUGCAGUCAGUCCUAAAAACCCUUCAAAGGGGCUAGCUCCACCUCGAAAACAUGUCCUUCCUGGUCAAUGCAAUGCAAUAGAGAAUAGGAGCACCAUUUCUUUCUUCUUACACACACCUAUUGGUAUAUGUAUAUAUAUUGAUUGAUUUAGAUAUAGAUCUGCCAUGGUGAUUUGGUUUUGUUUUAUAGUAUUCUUGGAAUUGUAGAGAGAGUUUUCAAAGAUGACCGGAGGUGGGGAAGCUUCCCAUAAGCGAAGCCCCAGGGAGCUAGUGUGUCAUGCUGGUGCUGGUGCCUCCGCAGGUGCUAUUGCAGCCACGUUUAUGUGCCCAUUGGAUGUGAUCAAGACGAGGCUACAAGUCCAUGGCUUGCCCCCCAAUUCAGUUCAAGGAGGUAGUAUCAUCAUCUCAAGUCUACAGCACAUUGUUAAAACUGAAGGUUUUAAGGGAUUGUAUCGUGGGCUCUCUCCAACAAUAAUGGCACUUCUUCCGAAUUGGGCUGUGUAUUUCACAGUUUAUGAGCAACUCAAAGGCAUCCUUUCAGAUGUGGAUGGAGAUGGCCAACUCUCAGUUAGUGCGAACAUGGUAGCUGCUGCUGGUGCUGGUGCUGCCACAGCCACUGUAACAAAUCCUUUGUGGGUUGUGAAAACCAGACUCCAAACUCAAGGAAUGAGGCCAGAUCUGGUUCCUUACAAAAAUGUUCUUUCUGCUUUGAGGCGGAUUACACAAGAGGAAGGCAUACGAGGGUUAUAUAGCGGCGUUUUGCCUUCUUUGGCCGGGAUAAGUCAUGUUGCAAUUCAAUUUCCAGCAUACGAAAAGAUCAAGUUUUACAUGGCAAAGAGGGGUAAUACAACUGUUGAUAAUUUGAGUCAUGGGGAUGUGGCAAUUGCCUCAUCAGUAGCCAAAAUACUUGCCUCUGUACUGACUUAUCCUCAUGAGGUGGUGCGUUCAAGGCUUCAAGAGCAAGGGCGUCUCAGAAAUUCUGAGGUCCAUUAUGCCGGUGUUGUUGAUUGCAUUAAGAAGGUGUCCCGCAAGGAAGGCUUUCGUGGGUUUUACCGUGGCUGUGCAACUAACUUAAUGAGAACGACUCCGUCUGCUGUGAUUACAUUUACCAGUUACGAGAUGAUACUCAAGUGCUUUGAGCGAGCUCUGCCUUCAGACAAGAAGCCUUCACGCGCCCGGACCAAAUCCCAUGACCAUGCCAAACCUCAACAGGGAAGCAGAGGAAAUGUUAAUAGUGACAAGGACACUGUUUCAGGGCAAUCACAAACCCAGACAAAUAAGACCCCCUCCAUUCCUAUGGGAAACCAAGAGCAGCUGCCUGCAGGGCACUGAUUGAUGCUGUUUCUUCACAACUUCCCUGUUAGGGAAACUCUCCACAGAAAAUGAAAUGGCUUAGUAAAAUGUGAAGGUGAAUAAAAAAAUGCAAAAUUCUUUUGUUUCAAAAUUUUGUUUAUUUUUUGUAUGGUAAGGUGAGUCCUUGGUUGAUUCAGUCAGUCUGCUAUUUUCUGUUCUUUCA